CCAGAUAAUUGAAAUUGAAUCCCGGAAUAGAAGAAGCCCCUGAAGAACCAACAGAGGCAGCCACAAUGGUGCUCGUUUUGAAUGGAGUGCUGCAGGACGACUGCCCCAUGGACACCAACAGCCUCUUCCUGCAGCAUCCCGUCUACAGAGACUACGCCCAGCAGCUGCACUCCAUCCAGGCCAAGUCGGUGGGUCCGGUGGGCCUGCUCUACCUGGGCCAGCGCGAACUGGCCGCCUCCGCCCCGCACGACAAGAACGUCAACAUUAUUGGGGCCGACGAUGCCACCACCUGUAUUAUCGUUGUCGUCCGCCACUCGGGAUCGGGCGCAGUGGCUAUGGGCCACUUUGACGGCAGCGGCGUGGACGAGGCUGUGUGCACCAUGGUGUCCCGGGUGCAGGAACUGGCCGUCGGCUAUCCAGAGGGUCGCAUCGAGUUGCAGUUGAUUGGUGGCUACCGAGAUGCCAAAGGCUAUGGCGAGGAUGUAUUCUACAGCAUAAUGCAAUCAUUCCACAAUCACCUUCUGGAGAUCGACCUGACGCAGGCUUGCGUGGGGGAACUGAACACCAUGAUGCGCGGCGAGAUCAACUGCCCCAUCAUCUAUGGCGUGGGAGUCAACAUCAAGACUGGCGAGAUCUUUCCGGCCACCUUUCCGGACAGAGGGCCGGACCGGGAGCUGCGCGAUGCACGCAUCUUCAUGGGAGCCCAGUCGGUACUGGAUGUCUACGACUCUUCGCUGGGAAUGCUGCGAAUCGGACCCUUCAACUACGAUCCGUUGCGCGGCGCCGAUCUUUGGCUCUCCCAGACAGAUGAGUUUCUGCUGCAACACCUGUCCUCCAGCCCAGACGUGGAGCCGCCACACUUUGCGCCGCAGACGCGUGCCACCAUCAAGUUUAUACAGGAGAACCAGUUCCCCGCCGUCACGGUUUUCAGGGACAAUCGGCCGCGCUACUACCGGCGGGACGAUGCCACGGGGUGCUGGGUGCCGAAGCAAGAUUGAGCUCCGACGUGCACUGGACGGAGAUGCUUGGGACGAGCCUUAGAAAUGGAUCUGAUACAAUUGUACUGCAUAUGUAUAUAGUAAAUAUAUGUAUGUAGGUAUGUAAACACCCGCAUUAGCAAACCUAAUAUUUAAAAUAGAGAUCCCUAGCAAAAUAUAUAUGCGUAAACACAUGUAAACGAAACGAAACAAUUUCGAAUACAAUCAUUUUAGCCCGUACUUGUAAACUGUAAUCAAAAAUGUAAGAAAAAUAUAGAAAUGGCAUGGCUAUACAUAA